CUUCCCUUUCCGACCCUGCAGCCAGCACAGGUAGACAACACCUAUGUCAGCACUACGCCGAGCAACCUUGCGAAGGCAUGUGUAGCGAACUCCUCGACACAAAAAUCAUCUCUCAGGAAGACGGCUGGCAUAGUCAUUGCGCUGUUCUGCUUCGGUAAGUCAAUAGAUCACGGAUAGACUCUGCCCGCACCACUUAUUCGUAUGGCAGCUAUGUUGUGCAGCACCUCGCAUUACAUACUCUUCUCUCAGCUCCAUGGCAAGGCAGCUGAUGGCAACCAAGCUCCAACUCAUCAGUCUUUGUCACGGCUACGUCCAUCAUACUCGCGACUUUGUCCGAGCUGCGCAUCUAGACAGCAUUGGGAUGUGUUAUGCACAGCACGUUUGGCGAGCACUGCGAGGUCGAGCCGUUCCUGUUCAUGUCGUCGAAAGUCUGUUCCAAAUAAGACAUAACCCCACUGAACUCACAAGCUCUAGACUACUGAAGCACAGAUGGGCCCUGUUCUGCAUUGCCGCAUACAUGUGGUUUGUGCCUGUUGCAGCUACGUUCCCACCCGGCGCACUUACAAUCGCACCUCGGCCCUUUCUUUCGACGGAGCAAGUCAACGCAUUAGUACUCAACCCGCUUUUGCCUCACAUGCCUCACAUUUCGGGUUUAGGAACGACAUGAGGUUGUCAGGAGUGAUGUCCUUGACUUCACAUCACAG